GUUUAGGAAAAGCAACGGUGCACUACCAAGCGAACAGCAGUCUCUGUUGGUUGACGUUGAGGUGAGGUGAACGAGGGCACAAUGGUAUGACAGAGUGGCGCUGCGAACACCAAACGAAUCAGACAAAGCCUUCGGAAUAUUGACUGGUCACAGUGCGUGCCUGCACUUUCAUGUCAAUGUGCGUGAACGGAAGUGUGAACAAGAAAGAAGCGAGCCACCAACACAGGUCCUACCAAAAGUUCUGAGCAACUCGCUGAAGAGACCAAGAGCAUAAUGGACGUGGAGUUCAAGGACCUCAGUUUCACGGUCAAACCGAGACCAUGGAGCGGAAAAGGUCUACAAAAAUGUGUUCUGAAGUCGGUGAGCGGGAAGUUCGCAUCUGGGAAACUUUCCGCGAUCAUGGGGCCGUCUGGAGCCGGCAAAAGCAGUCUCUUGAACGCAGUUUCCGGCUACAGGACUCUGGGAGUGACUGGAACACUGUGCACAAAUGGCGAGUCGAGAGACAACCGCAUCUUCCACAAACUUUCUUGCUACAUUACCCAAGAAGACUUAAUCCAGCCACUGUUAACAGUUCAAGAGAUCAUGAUGGUUGCAGCCAGACUGAAGCUUCCAGGUCACACGCCAGAGAAACGCAGGUUGAACGCGGUCCACGAGGUCCUCAAUGAUUUGGGUCUCUUCGAAAAUAAGAACACAAGAACGGAAAUGCUAUCAGGAGGUCAGAAGAAACGAUUGUCGAUAGCGCUCGAACUAAUCAACAAUCCACCUGUUUUCUUCUUGGACGAACCCACAAGUGGUCUGGACAACGUGACGGCGAGGCAGGUAGUGCAACUGCUACGAAGACUGGCGAGGCAAGGUCGCACCAUAGUGUGCACGAUACACCAACCCAGCGCGUCCUUGUUCCAGCUUUUCGACCACGUCUACAUCGUAUCACAGGGCCUCUGCGUGUACCAGGGCACGACCCAGAACCUCGUCCCGUUCCUGUCGUCUGUCGGCCUGCACUGCCCCACGCACUACAACCCGGCGGACUUCGUGAUUGAAGUAACGGAUGGAGAUAAGCAGAACAUCACAACCUUGUCAAAAGCUAUUUGUAAUGGACAAGUGAGCUGGACACAAACCAUUCCACUUACAACAAAAGAAGAUGAAACGAAUGAGGACACAACAGGAAAGACAGAAGAAAGACAUUCUCUUUGCUUCCAAACCAAAGAAGUUGAUGUCACAGCCAGUGGAAGUAAAGGCGCAGACACAUCCAGCGAUGGCAGUUCGUCCGAUUUGCACUGCAUCGUCACGUACAGGCGGAUGAGCCAGGUGAAGGAUUUGAACUACCCGACGUCAACUUGGUUCCAGUUCUGGGCCCUUUUCAGGAGAAUGAUGCUGCAGAUAAGUCGCAGCAGGAUGGCUCUCCAACUUCAGAUUGUGCAUCACGUGCUGUGCGCACUUAUGAUUGGCAUUGUGGCAUAUAAGAAUGCUUCAGAUGGCAGUGAAAUGUUCAAACAUGUCAAGUUCUGCAUGAGUGUCAUUCUCUUUCAUUCAUACACCUGGUGCAUGGCACCAGUAUUACUUUUUCCUAAUGAAGUCAAGCUAAUGAAAAGAGAAUAUUUUAACCGUUGGUAUGGACUAAAUCCAUUCUACAUGGCAUUAACACUAUCAAAGAUUCCCAUCCAGGUUCUCCUGAGCAUGAUAUUUCUCACGCUAGUCUACUUCUUGAAUGGACUACCAGCUGAGUGGUACAGAUUCUUCCUCUUCUCCCUCGUUGCCAUCAUCGUGUGCCUUGUGGCCGAAGGACUGGGGCUUGCCAUUGGAUCAGUCUUCAAUGUAACGAAUGGGUGUGCAGUGGGACCAAUGGUCGUGGCCCCAUUUCUUGGUUUGGCAGUGUAUGGCUUCGACUUUGCAGAAAAAAUCUCUUGGGUAAUGAAUGCUCUUAUGAAGACGAGCUUCAUGCGGUGUGGAAUAGUUGCACUAGUGCUGACUGUCUUUGGGUUGGAUAGGGCAGAUCUGGACUGUAACGACAUAUACUGCCACUUCAAGAAACCCAAAGUUGUGUUGAGAAUGCUCGACAUAGACAACUCAUCUGUAUGGACUGAGAUAGCAGCUUUGCUUGGAAUCAUGAUUGUAUUCAGGUCUCUAUGCUAUUUUGGUCUACGGUGGAGAGUUGCUACAUAGUGCUUCAGGGCUAAAAGUGAAAAAUCAAGAAACAAAUUACAAGAGCACUCGGAUAAAAAUAAUUUAAGACUGUAGGCAACAAAUGGAAGGAACAAGUGCAAAAGGUGUAUGUACAUUAUAAAACAACGGAUUCAAACAGGUUAUUACGAGUCUACAAUGAAAACAUAUUGAAGACAACAAACGCACAGGCUAGAAAAAGUGAACAAAGAAAUGGAUAAGAUAAUUUAGAAUGAUAAAACUGUUAAAUAUGUUAUAAUUCAGUUAUCACUUAACAAACCAAAUAAAUGGAGGUGCAGGAACUUCUUUGUUAUGCGCUUCUCUUUUAUAAUGUGCUUUGUAAUGUUUGCAAAUAAAUAAAAGAUUAAUAAAAUCAAA